AUGUGCAGUUUCGAUAGCUGGACAGGUCAUCAACCUUUUUUCGUGAAUAUCAGCCUAAACUCCAACCCCACAGGCCGCCACAGGUAAGAAAAAGCCUGAAUAGUGGUUUUGACUACAAUCUAAUGGCAUCUCAAUAGUAAGAUAAGCAUCGGACCGGGGCAGAUCCAAGAUAAGAGUUCAAGAUGAUGAUGAUGAUGAUGACGAUGAUGGUGAUGAUGAUGAUGAUGAUGAUGAUGAUGAUGAUGAUGAUGAUGAUGAUGAUGAUGAUGAUGAUGAUGAUGAUGAUGAUGAUGAUGAUGAUGAUGAUGAUGAUGAUGAUGAAAGGGUGGAGGGGGUUGAGGAGGAGGAGAAGAAGAAGAAGAAGAAGAAGAAGAAGAAGAAGAAGAAGAAGAAGAAGAAGAAGAAGAAGAAGGAAAGAAAUUUAACUGUGGCCAUCAAUAAACUUCCAUAA